AAACAGCCUCUACUACUGCCUCACUGUGAUCUCCCUGCCAAGAUGUCGAAGCUCCUCACUCCCGCCGUAACAGGCGCCAUUCUCUUCGCGCUCACACAAUCACCAGACCGCAUCCGAGAGCCACUCCUCGCCCAGCUCCGCCAAUAUCUCUCCCCAGAAAACAUUACGAGACUGAUCACAUCGCUCAAAUGGCUCGUAGCAAUCGGCCUCGUCAGCAAGACCAACACAUGGCUCUCGGAGCUCGCGCAAAACAAUUUCCGACUACGAUCGGAGAAGCACAGAUAUCACUGGCCACAAGAAGUCGUAGUCAUUACCGGAGCGACAGGAGGUUUCGGAAGUCUCAUGUCCAAAGACUUUGCGUCUCGAGGACUGAACGUCAUUGCAUUGGAUAUUCGCGAUGAUCUCCCCGCCGACAUGAAAAACAAUCCGAGGAUUCACUACUACAAGUGUGAUGUGACUGAUCGCAAGCAAGUUGCUGAAGUCGCGAAGCACAUCCGACGCGAACAUGGCGAUCCAAGUAUCCUGAUCAACAAUGCUGGUAUUUCUAGUGAGGGGCCGAUUUUGGAGCAGAGUGAAGCGGGUUUGCGCAAGGUGUUCGAUAUCAACAUCAUUUCGCAUUACUAUACCGUUCAGGAGUUCCUUCCGGCCAUGACGAAGAAUAAGAAAGGUCAUGUGGUGACCAUUGCAUCUAUGGCUGCUUUCGCUACGACUCCUGGACUUGUGCCAUACAGCAACACCAAAGUCGCCGCUUGGGGUUUCCACGAGGGUCUGCAGCAAGAGACUCGUGUCUUCUACAACGCACCGGAAGUCAAGUUCUCUUGCGUGCACCCUUCCUUUGCGGCGACGCCUAUGGUGGCACCAUUCCAGAAGCAACUCGAAGCUGGUGGAGCUCGCAUAAUCACUGCCGAAAGCGUCGCCGACGCAGUUGUUAAGCAAGUCAUGAGCGGACGCGGAAAGCAAAUCAUCUUGGCAGGUAAUCUCGGUGCUGCAGUGUGGUUGAGGUCCUUGCCACAUUGGCUUCCACUUGGUAUCUUCCAAAGUGGUGAUAAGCGUACGAGAGCAUCGUACGAGCAGAUGCUUCCGAGCGCAUCCACACGCAAAGGUCUCUAAAGACCAGGCAGGCAAAAUAGAUCACGACAAACCUGGACGUUGUUCGUCAUAUUGCAAGAGCUGCCUUUCCCUUGUGCGUCGAUGCUAUACGAGACCAGUUGGACUUAUAUACUUUUUUCGUCUCUGGCUAGCCCGUGUUUCACGCUGGCUGGGAGUCGCGCCAAGAUGCGCAGAAUGCUCGUUCUUAGGGCCGUGGCGUGAUACCAGUGCAGUAGCUGGUGUCUCCUUUGAGGAGUUGCCAGCUGAGCUAGGUGGAUCCCGAUUCAAUCCGGACUUCGCAUCACUUUGGCCUUUCAUGAUACUAGACUCGUUAUUUGGUCCCAGAGUCGUGUUGCGUCGAGUAGAAGAUUGAUCAAACGACCGGAGCUUGCGACUUAAAGGAACAGCAUUUUCGCCCAUAGCUUCUGCGUCAAUCACUCCUUUCUGCAUUGAGUGAUCUUGUGCCUCACUGUCGGUCUUCGCAUCGCCGAAAGUGCCAGCCAGCACCCUUUUCUGAAUAGCUGCUGCAGUUGCUGCUUGAUCUUUACGCUCUUUCACAGUUGGUGCUCGUUUUUCUUGCUCCUUCGUCGUGAUCUUUUUCUUACCGUGCUUUGCAGUAGCGGUCCCUUCAGUAUCGUUGAAACGACGCUUCUUUUGACCAGCUGUGGAGUCAGUGCUCUCAGCGACCGGUUCGCCAACAAAUGAAUCCGGUGGAGAAGAUGCUGUGACGACUGUUGGAAGAGCUGCGAUGUCAAUGACCAUGUCUCCGAUCUUGGACCGACGUCCUUCCAGUGGCGAGUCCGGACGUGAAGUUGUCAAGGCACUUUGAGCCAGUUCCUCAGACAUCGAAGUAACGAGGCUCAUCCCUUUCGUCACUUGUUGUCCUCUGUCACGGGUCACCACUUCCAACGCGAUCAUAUCGGUUUCCUCGUCGUUCCCAGCUUUGGCGUUCUCGCAAGCGUCGCGAACAGACGAAUUCUAGUCCCCUUGUUGGUUCCCUUGCGAUUGCGUUGGACGCUCGUCUGGCCUGAGUGUCCGGACGAUUACAUCCACCAGUAGCUGCUGCUCUUCCGCGGUGAAGCGAUCCUCCACAUGCUCAAUCAUAGGCUGUAGCAUUUCGAUGGUCUCCGGCGCAUGAUUGUAGAUCAUGAGCAUCUCCGGCUCAGUAAGGCACUUCUUUUCCUGCUCCGGCUCGAACUCUUUAUCGAUCUGCUCCCUGGUCAUCUCCUGCAGUCGCUCUUUCCAUUCCGCCUCAAGUGAGUCCUGCAUGGCAUUCUCUGCUUCGCGCGCGAAUCUUUGGAAAGCGGUACUGCGUGCGACGUCCUUGUAUGCACUCGGGUUCUUGGCGUACGGGUACUUGUCGCUUUUGAGCUCGCGUUCGGUGCGAUCGAGGACACGCAUGAAAUUCUUCGGUCGAGCAGCAGGCUUCUGGCCCUUGGCCUUGUCUUCUGCGUCUUCAGCCGCGUGUUGUGCGCGCUUGCGGUCGACCCAGUCCAAGACAUCAGCAUUUGAGAACAGAUUGUCUCCGGCGUCGAGGAUUUUCAUGGUGGUAGAACGGGAUGUGGAUGUUGUGUC